GUGGGAAUGCGGAAGAAGUAAUUAAGCUGAGAGAAAAGAAGAACAUGACAUUGGAUCCGCGUAGGUAAUGUUUAAAGAAAACAGAGACAGAGUUCGGUAGUAAUGUCAGAGGUUGAGUUUGAACCUCAACAUCCACGCCUCUUCAUCCCCAACUUCCUCUCCCUCAACGAAUGCAGAGUUCGUUUCUUACUCUAUUUCUUUCUUCGCUUAAACCUUUUUGUCUUUCUUUUUACUCUGGUUUUGGUGAAGGAAUUGGAAUUCAUCCACAAGAGUUGCAGCACCGUCGGUUACAGACCCAAUGUUUUCUCCACCACUCUCUCUCAUCUCAUUGCUACCAACUCUUCCCAUUUCAUCAUUCCUUUUGUUCCCAUCAGAGAAAGGUUGAAGGAGAAGCUAGAACAGUUUUUCAAAUGUGAGUAUGAGCUCUUCAUUGAAUUCACUGGUUUAAUCAGUUGGAGCAGAGGAGCAAGCAUUGGAUGGCACAGUGAUGAUAACAGGCCCUACCUCAAACAACGCCACUUCUCAGCAGUGUGCUAUUUGAAUACUUAUGGCAAGGAUUUCAGUGGUGGACUCUUUCACUUCCAGGAUGGUGAGCCUGCAUCAAUUAUGCCAAAGGCUGGAGAUGUUGUAAUGUACACAGCUGAUGACCAUAAUGUUCAUUCUGUUGACGAGAUAACUGAAGGAGAAAGACUGACACUUGCUUUAUGGUUCAGUCGUGAUGGCUCCCAUGAUGAGGAUGUGAAGCUUAUUUCUCUUCUAUCACAACACAUAUUACAUAAGAACAUGGCUGAUUCAUACCUUCCGUUGCCAGCAUCCAGUAAUAUGUACUGGUUUUCUCAGGACCAAGCUUCUGAUUACCAGUUUGGUUUUAAUAUAUGUUGGGCUAGACUGCAUGUUCUUGGAUAUGACAUAUAUAUUUCUCAAGACAGUGGCAUUGAGUUUGAUGUCUCUGAAUUACUGGUAAAGCCAGUGCACUUAGUGAGGGGAAAUGAGUUGCUAGAUCAGGAAUUUGUCAAUAUUAUGCAUGCACUUCAGGUUGUCCAUUUCUUUUGUUGGAAAGGAUCAGCUUUACAGAACAAGGUGUCAAAUGUAGACUCCAAGGUAGUAAAAGUGACAGAUAUGCAGAGAGAGAAAAUAAGUGGUCUGAAUUCCGUACUUUUGAAUGAUGAUGAUUUUGCAUCGAGAGUUUUUGGUUGUAUGCCUUCCGAAGAAAAUGGAUGCAUUUGCUUUGACUGGUCAGGAAUUAUGGCUGCAACCGCUGCUUGGGAAGAUUAUGCAUCGAACUUAAGCAAACAAAUUCAUUUACAAUUGCCUAACUGGAGAAUGCAUGAAGCUAUAUAUGAUGUGCAAUUAGAUGAAUAAUAUCCUUGAUCAAUAAUUCCAAGAAGAAGUAACCACCUACAAUUGUGUGCUUGGGUUUAAUAUUUGGGAAAAGGCAUCGGUGAAACAACUAGAAAAUAGUUUGUGAAGGUUUGCUUUGACAGCAUUAUUCAAGUCAAUGUGCUUUAUGAUAGUGUUAAGACUUGAGACGAAGCUGCUUGGAGAGAGAUGAGAAAUGAAACUAACGGAUAUCUCAAGUUUUAUGCAUAAUUGAUGUAGAAUGGGUUGUUAAUCUCUGCUAUUAUGAUUGGGAGUACCCUGCAAAGUGGAGCACUUUUAGAUUUUUCUGCAUCAAUACUAGUUGCAAACACUACAAAUUACUGUACACAUUUGUUUCUCAAAUAUCUGUUGCACGAGUUUGUGUGCAAUAUUACAGACUGAAAGCUCAUUAACACUUUCUAGAUGCUCUUUUUCUUUUGCCUUUGUAUCACAAAUAGUAAAUUUACACACUUUUAGCUUAUUA